AUGAAAGUGAUGAUAAUAAGAUCAAAUUCAAAGAUAGUACUGCUCGUGAUAUUGAUGAUCCUACUCAUAAACCUGCUAUUCAACAAGGUACAGGAGGUUAUAAACAUCUUGCUACUGAACGGUACUUUCAGAAGUACUGGCAUCUACUUCCUUCUGACAGGUAUGAUCCUAGGUAACAUAAUAGAACAAGUAUAUAAUCAUACUCAAGAUACUUCGAUAGGAAUUCAUGGACCCAAACUUAAAGAUGCAGCCACCGGUCUAUCCGGUCUGGCCGGUACACUAUCUAGUAAUGCCAGCUCACUACACAGUGCACUAGGUAGUAGUACUGAUCAAGCUACUAUUGCUGCUAAAGAAAAGGUCAACAAACUGAAAGAUGCCGCUAGCAAAGCUGAUGACCCUAGUAAUAAGGGUCUUGAACAGUUACUCAACGCACUUAGUAGUGCUAAUGCUAGUCAACCUGCAGAUAUAGUUGCUAAGGCCAAAGAUGUUCUCGCAAAAUACAAUGAUGUAGUUUCUAAAUACAACGAUGUGAAAAAUGAUGCAAAGGCUAAUAAGAAACCUGAAUUUAACAAUGUUAAAAAUGCAUUCAAUGCACUUCAGACUGAGUUUGAUAAGAUUAAACGUAUUGACAAGUUCUACCUAAUUAUAGUUCCUUCCAUAGUCACUCAGUGGUUAAACUUCCUCACAUAUGUAAUAUUGUUGAUAGUUUAUGUCAUUGGUAACAUUGUGGACCUAUUUCAAAAACUUUAUAAUGGUGGACCAGUAAUAAGAGCUAUCAUUGAGAAGGCCACUGAUAUACAGACUCAAGCCUCAUCAAUACAAUCUGCUACUAUUACUACUAAUAAUAAACUUAAAAAUCCAGCCGAACAACUAAAACAAGAAGCAACUACACUUAAUAGUAAAAAGACUGUUGAAAAUGCCCGAGCCUUCAAAGAAAAAUAUGACAAAUUUGAAACAGCCUACGAAGCUGCUGGUUCAGAUGAUCAAUCUGAUGUCAAAUCUGACUGGGAGUCUCUCAAAAAAAUUAUCGAUGGUGCCAAUCUUACUGAAGAAAACAAGAAGAUCAAGUUCUAUUCCAUCAUUGUUCCUUCCAUAAUCUGUCAGUGGUUAAACUUUAUUACAUAUGUGGUAAUAUUUGUUGAACAGCAUAAUAAUAGUGAAUAUUUUCAAGCCACAAAACUUAACGAAGCAGCUGGUGUAGAUAAAGACAAAGGACUCCUAGAACUGGCCAGGGAACUGUAUACUCAAGCCAAUGAACUACACGGUGCAAUGGGUGAUGAUGAUGCUCCUGGUAAACAGGAAGCCGAAAAUCUUAAGACUGCUGUCGGUGAAGAAACUGAAAAUGGUCUAGCAAAUGCCCUCAAAGCACUUAAUGAUGCUCUACCUGGUGAUCUUAAUCUAACUACUCUGGCCAAAGCUGUUAAGGAUAAAUACGGAAAAGUCAAAACUGCAUAUGAUAAUCUUGUGGAACAAAAUAGACUGGGUAAAUAUACUCAAAGCAAGGGCCAGGAACAAUAUCCUGGAGUUGUGAAUGAAUGGAAUGUUUUUAAUAAUGCCAAGAAUUAUGAUGUCCAAAACACUAAUACUGUUCCACAACUACUCAAGGAUAAAGCCACAGAGCUACAGGGUAAGGCCACAGCACUUAGUACACAGGCUGGUAGUGGUGUCGGUACUGUCACUAAUGUAGCCACAAACCUACGUGAUGCGGCCGCAACACUUAACGAAAAAGCCAGUACACUAAAGGAUGCUGGACUUGAUGCACUUAGUGUUCCAGCCACAGCCCUUAAGGAUGCAGCCAAAGGCUCUGGUGCUAGUGGUGAUACUAGCCUCUAUAAGACGGCAGAGGCACUAGUCAGUGGCACUGAUUAUGACAAGGCCAAAGAAGUCAUAGAAGCAUUCAGCAAGGUCAAGGACGCACACGAAAAUCUGGCAAGUCACCCUACAUACAAAGCUAAACUUCAAGAAGCCAAAGGUAAACCACCAGGACAACCAUCACCACCAGAAUCUGCUGAAGGAAAGGUCAAGGCCGUUGAAGACCAAUACCAACUGGUCAAAAUCAGCUUCGAAGCACUUUGUAAAGCACUCAUCAAACACUUUGCAGGUGAGAUAGCCACAAACGCCAGAGAUCUAGCCAGUGGCACAGAUAAAUCUUCCGAAGUGAUAAAUAGUUUUGAGGUAGUUGACAGCUCAUACAACCAACUAGAUGAUAAGUCGAGUUUAAAGUCCGAAUUUAAUACUGUCAAACUAAUCUAUGAUGGGAUGCUAAACCUUAGCAAACUACAUAAAGCGGCCGGUGAACUUAAUACCGCUGCUAGUGGUGGUGCACUUACUAAACUUCGAAAUGCAGCCAAUCAACUAGUCUCUAAGAUCACAGAUCUACGUGAUCAAGGUGAUGAUAAGGCCCAUACUAAUGCCAAAACCGUCGUAACCAACUUCAAUGAUGUCAAAGACAAAUUCAACAAACUAACUGCUAAUAAGGAAAGUGUUAAUUCUCAGUUCCAGGCUCUCAAUUCUGCCUAUGGCCAUAUCAUAAUUCAUUAUCCUAAAAUACUCCAAAAUGCAGCUGGUGAAGAAAAGAACCAAGGACUCCGACAACUGGCCCAGGAUCUACAUGAUAAAGCCGAAGCACUUCACAAUGCAGUUAUUGAUCCUGGUGGUGGUGACGCUGCUGCCAAAGUACUCCAGGCUAAGGCUGGUGAAGAUGAUAAAACUGAUGGUACACUUAGGAAACUCGCCAAAGAUCUAUAUGAUGCAGUCAGCAACCUAUACAAUGCAGCUAAAGCUACUGGUGGUGAUGAUGAAAAUACUUCAGCUACAUUUGCCUGGGUUAUCGGUAGUGGUGAAAACAAAGAUGGACUUCGAAACGCCCUCAGACAACUUGCUGGUAAUCCAACUUCUAAUCUCCAAGGUGUCAGAGAGAAUUACUACCACGUAAAAAACAAAUUCGAUUUAGUUCAGAAACAAAAUAAAAAAGGUACAUAUACUGGAGCUGCAAAGGCUGCAUACGACAAAGUUGUAGAUGCAAUGACCGAAUUUGACAAUGUGUAUAAGCCUGAAGAACUACUCAAGGAAGCUGUCGGUGAACUUCAACAGGCCCUCCAACAACUUGCUGAUGCUAAUAUUCUUAAUCUACAUACUAAGGCAGAGAAUGUAAAAAAGAAGUUCGAAGGUUUUGGUACAGGUGUAAAAUCUAAAUUCGAGUUGGUCGAGAAACAAGCAUCAGCAUACGAAGCUGCCCUGGGUAAUUUUAAAACUGACAAAUACAACCCACUUGUCACUGACUUCGACAAUUUCUAUAAAGCCUAUAGAAAUGCCGUAUGUUCUCCCAAGUUCUAUUCCAUAAUAGUUCCUUCUAUCUUUAGUAUCCUGUCAGACUUGUCACCUCGAACCAAAUACGUAUACCAUGGAAAAAACAGAAUUGGAAAUGGUUUCCAUGGCUGGACCACGUACACUGACCACCAAGGAGACCCGAACGACCACACAGAAGCAGGAGAAACAAAACCAUGCACAGACCCACUAGGCAAAGGUACUCACGUUCCUGUUCAUGCUUGGAUAUGUCACUUUUUUGAUCUCCUUAUUUAUUGUCUGCAUUACCGAGAAUCACAUAGACACUGA